UGUGAUGAAGUAGCUUACGGAUGCAAGUAAAUUCAGCGUGAGAUUGAUGUGAUGACAAAACAUGGUUUCACAUUAUUUGUAUUAUUCUCAGCCGUCGCCAGCACUACAUGUAGGGACGAACAAGAUUUCUGUGAGAGUAAAAGUUGUAAUGAACGAGAGUUUGAGCAGAAUCACUUUUAUACCAAUGUAAAAACAUAUGGAGAAAUACCACUGACAUUAUCACAUAAACUUAUAGGUGCUCUCCCUCUUGAUGAGGUUGAUGAUAAUUUUAUUCGUACAGUGAAGGGAUGUGUGUUUUCAAAAUGUCAGCCCACCCCUCUGAAAGAGCCACUGACACUGGCUGCUGUGUCACAGGAUGUGUUGGGGAAUAUUUUGGAUCUGAAUGAGUCUGUGAUUCAGAAUGAAGAAUUUGUUCAUUGUGUCAGUGGUGGAAAACUGUUUCCUGGCUCUAUUCCACUGGCACACAGAUACGGGGGCCAUCAGUUUGGUUAUUGGGCAGGACAGCUGGGGGAUGGAAGAGCACAUUUCCUGGGUGAAUAUACAAACAGAAAAGGUGAAAGAUGGGAACUACAGUUGAAAGGCUCAGGAAAGACACCGUACUCAAGGUCUGGUGAUGGACGGGCUGUGAUUCGCUCCUCUGUGAGGGAGUUCCUGUGCAGUGAAGCCAUGCACUUUCUGGGGGUUCCCACUAGCAGAGCCCUCAGUCUGGUUGUGAGUGAGGAGCCUGUAUGGAGAGAUCAGUUUUAUAAUGGAAAUGUCACAAAAGAAAGAGGAGCGGUUGUUUUACGCCUGGCCAAGUCCUGGUUUCGUAUUGGUUCACUGGAGAUUUUAACUAGAACCGGAGAGUUAGAUGUCCUGCGGACAUUAUUGGACUUUAUAAUUAAAGAGCAUUUUAAAUCUAUUGCGAUAAAUGAUCCUGACAAGUACGUGGGUUUUUUCUCAAGAGUGGUGAAUGAAACCGCACAUUUAAUCGCUCAUUGGAUGUCUGUUGGAUUUGCUCAUGGAGUCUGCAACACAGAUAACUUCAGUCUGCUUUCUAUCACUAUUGAUUAUGGCCCAUUUGGAUUUAUGGAAGCAUACGACCCAAAUUUUGUCCCCAACACAUCUGAUGAUGAGGGCCGGUACAGUAUAGGUGCUCAGGCUAAUGUAGGCCUGUUCAAUCUACAGAAACUUCUAGAAGCUCUGAAAGCACUGCUGACCUCAGACCAGCUGUCUCAGUGUCAGCAAAUACUGAGAGAAUAUUCACAAAUCUACCAUCAAAGAUUCCAUGAACUCUUCAAAGCAAAGUUAGGCUUUCUAGGGAAUGAAGAAAAGGACUCAUAUGUGAUUGCAUUUCUUCUUAAGCUGAUGGAGGACACUGGAGCAGACUUCACCAUGACUUUCAGACAGCUGAGUGAAGUCAGUCUGUCCCAGCUUCAGACGGGGUCCAUUCCUCUGUCAGUGUGGGCUCUGUCAGACCUCUCAUCGCAUGAGUAUUUCAGAGACUGGGUUCAGCUGUAUUUACAGCGUCUGUCAAGGAUGAAAAAUGACUCUGAUGCAGCACGUCAGCACAGAAUGCGAGGAGUCAACCCACGAUAUGUAUUGAGGAACUGGAUGGCUGAAUCUGCUAUCAGAAAAGCUGAAAAAAAUGACUUUUCAGAGGUGGCACUUUUGCAAAAGACUCUAACAGAGCCAUUUGUGGAGCAGGAAGAGGCUGAGAGAGCCGGAUACUCUAGUAAACCUCCAUCCUGGGCUCAGCAGCUGAGGGUCAGCUGUUCUUCCUAAUCUGUUUUCUCAAUUUUGUGUUUAAACAACUUGUACAUUCAUUUUAAUCAAAACAUUCAAUAUACAAGCAUAUUUAAUAAUAAUAAUAAUAAAAACUUUGCAUCAUGCAUCUCCUGUUUAUCCCACUGUGAAAUAAAAGAGAACUCAACAAUAAGACAUGCCAGAAUCUGUUGAACAGUUAACUUAGCAAGCCUUUAAUUAUUGACAUUUCAUUAGCAAUGAUGAUAUAGCAUAUUUGUAAUACAUACAGCAAUAAUCUAAUUAGUUACAUAAGAAUGAAGUGUUUACAUACAUUGUCUUGUGAAAGUUUGGUAAUCCCUUGCAGAAUCUGUGAAAAUGUGAAUUAUUUUAACAAAAUAAGAGAGAUCAUACAAAAGGACACACAAUGCAUUAAGAGCCGGGGGUAAAAACUUUUGAACAGGACGAAGAUGUCCAAAUUUUUAUUAUUUUGUUAAUUUUUUUUAAUUUAAUGCUGCCCUUCAGAAGCAACAGAAGACACUUGCAUGUUUCCUGGAAGACACAUUAGUACAAUUUACCUUGAUCUUCACAUACAAAAAGUUUUCACCCCCAGCUCUUAAUGCAUCGUGUUUCCUUCUGGAGCAUCAGUGAAUGUUUGAACCAUUUUUAAUUGUGUUUGAGUCCCUCAGUUGUCCUCAGUGUGAAAAGAUGGAUCUCAAAUUCAUAAAGUCACUGCUGGAAAGGGUUCAAAUUUGCAGAAGAUGCUGGAAAACUCAAGAAUCUGCAGGACCUGGAGGAUUUUUCUGAAGAAGAGUGCUCAGUUUAACAAUCAUCACAAAACAAAAAAAACAGUUGAUGGUGGUGGGGGUGGUGGAGCCACUUUUCUGACAGAAACUGGUUUGGUGGCAGCCGGUGCAGGAGCUGGUGGUGGAGGUGAUGGUGGUGCUCCACCUGCAGACGCAAAGUUUUGGGGAGCAGAAGGAGGUGGAGGAAGAGAGGCAACGGGGUCUGGAAGUGGUGGGAGGACCCCUUGUCCCCCGUAAGAUGGAAAACUAGGUGGUGGUGGAGGCAGGAAGUCUGGGGGCAUGUUGGCAUCUUCUGGAGGAGGUGGUGGAGGAGGCACGUCAUCCAUGGGUGGAGGUGGGAAGGAGGAUUGUGGUAACUGAGGUGGAGAAGGAAGUUGUUCACUUUGGCUGUGCUGGGAGGAGCAGAAUGCAAGAUUUCCAUUGAAGGCGGAGGUGGAGGAAAAGAUGUUUGCUUGCUAGGACCCUUCAAAAACAAACCACAAAUAACAUUCAGAUGAACCCCAAAUAAAUCAUGACAUUAUAAGAUAAUUCGAGCAGCUCUCAAGGAAUCAUUUAUAGCCUUGUGAAAAAGUAGUGUGCUUAUUUGUAUUGUAUGUGCACUUGUAGUGUACUUCAGAUCUUAAAAAGUGUACUUCAAAUCUAUUCAUAUUUAUCUGUACUUGCAGAAAAUAUAAUAUUAAUGAAAUAAAAGGUCACUUAAGAGUACUUAAUUACUUUACACUGUAAAAUGUAAAGUUUCAUUUUAAAGUACAUUUUAAUUUUUUUAAAUCCUUUAAAGUGCUUAAAAGAAGUACGCUUACUCUAUUGAGUUAACUAACAUACUACAGCACAUAUGAAGUUCUUGAUUAAAAUUGAAUUGAAAUUUAAUUAGUCAAUAUUACAUUUAAUGUUAAAAGUGUUCUGGUUGGUUUUCAUGAGUUGCUCUGUGGUUUCAAUGUUGUUUUGUAUGUUUGCUAGAACAUUUGUAGGUGGUUGCUUUUUGCAUGUUGUUUUGUGGUAGCUGGGGCGUUCCUGGUGGUUGUUACGCAGUUUCUAUAGUGUACUGGAUUGUUACAAGUGUGUUGCAAGAUCAUUGAUGGGUCUUGGUGGCUGCAGUAGUGAUCUUGUUGGUUAACGUGUUGCUAUAUGGUUGCCAUGUCAUGCGAGGUGAAGAAAACGUAUUUGAAAAAUUGUUUAGCAAAUACCACAUCUUUCCUCAACACACCAUGUAAUUUGUGGUAUCAUUCAUGUCCAUUGCAGAACAAUGUGUUGUUACUUGUUGUUUUACUACUUUUAAUCCUUUGACCUCAGUGUAUGAACAAUGAUAAUAGUUAGUCUUGCUUUAGAAAAUACCACUGAUAAAAAUAAAGCACAGUAUCUUAACCAUGCUCUUCAUUACUAAGACAGCUGAGACAGCUGAUAGCUUGAGAGGUACAAACUUUGUCCUCAAAAUCAUUGAACAAGUAAUAUUGAAAUAUAACUUAAUAUAGUAAUAUAGCAAAUAUAUACCUCUAGGUGCGUGGGAGGAUGUCGAUGCACUGGAGGAGGCCUGGAUAGUGCGAUUAUCCCAGGUUGUAGAGCCUGCAGCCUUCCUCAAAGCAGCUUUGUAGUUGUCAUGUAACUGCUUACCAUACUAUGAAAAAAAUCACAAAAAAGCAUUAAUAAGGUAGAAGAAAUUAAAGGUUCGCCCAAAAAUAAAAAGACCAGUCAUCAUUUACUUACCCUCAGAUUGUGCCUCUGAAGUAAACUGUGGUCCAUUGUCUGAGCGCACCAGAAGCUACUGUUUCUCUCAUACAGUCCCAAACCUGGAGAAGUUGUUAGUUCAUCUUUAUUUUUCUUAAAGUCCUGCUGUUGUCGUCAUCCCAGACCCAGCUGUUGGACAUCUUCAGUAAGUCUCUGAGUGGUUGCAUUUUCUCUGCUAAAUGCUGCAGAAAUUUAACAAGGUAACUGAUCAUCCAUAAAAAACUUUGAACUUCAGUGACGUUUACUUUCAUGGCUUUGACUGCUGCCACCUUUUCUGGAUCUGCACUUACCCCUGAAUUCUCAAUGAUUUGUCCUAGAAACUUGAUUUUCCUUUUAGAACUUGUUAUUGCAGAUAAAGAAGAGCUUGUAAGAGCAGUAGGAUUUGCCCUCUGAGGGCAGGUUAGCCAUCUCUCAUGAGCUGAAGAAAGCUAAGUACCCAGAUCUUGUUGAUGAGGCAUCUACUAAAGGAUGGCAUGUAGCGGUGUUUCCUAUUGAAGUCAGCAUCUUCAGUUUCCCAUCUACAUCUGUGUGCUAUUUCUCACAGAAGCUUGGGUUGGAACCUAAACAACCGAGGAAGGCUACCAGGAGAUAGCAGCGGCAGCAGUGACUAACUCAUGGUGGUUAUGGUUAAUGAGAGAUUGCAUUUGUCAGUCUUCUGCAGGUGAAGGCUGAUCUGGUCUUAACUGCAACACUCAGGUGUAGUGUACAGGUUGAGGGGCGAAACACUCAUGACCCUGAGAUACCUACUGAAGAUGCAGAGGGAUUUCCAACAAUACGAGCACUCUGACCAUGCUGCCACCAACAACUACCAUAAACAAGAAUAUAUCACAUCUGUACCUGCUCCUGCAGUUCUUGCUUUUGGCAAAGCAUUGUUAAUCUCACUUAAAAGAGAACCACGCCGGUUUAUGUGUAAAUGUC